AUGUUCUCAAAUCUUACUUCCCCAGCUGGUCUUAAGGCCCUUGAUGAAUUCUUAGCUGACAAGUCCUACAUUGAAGGAUUCGAAGCCAGUCAAGCUGAUGUUUCUGUUUUCGAAGCUGUCGGUUCUGCUCCAGAUGCCGCCAAGUACCCAAAUGCUGCCAGAUGGUACGCUCACAUCGCCUCCUUCGGUGAUGCUGCCAAGAGCUUCCCAGGUCAAAAGAAGCCAGCUUCUGCCUACGGUCCAGCUGCUCCAGCUGCUGCUGCCGAUGAUGACGAUGAUGAUGAUGACGAUGAUCUUUUCGGUUCCGACAGUGAAACCGAUGAAGAAGCUGAAAAGCUUAAGGCUCAACGUCUUGCUGAAUACCGUGCCAAGAAGGCCGCUAAGCCACAAGAAGCUGCUAAGUCUUUAGUUAUUCUUGAUGUCAAGCCAUGGGAUGAUGAAACUCCAAUGCCAGAACUCGAAAAGGGUGUCCGUGAAAUUGCCAUGGACGGUCUCCUCUGGGGUUCUUCCAAGCUCGUCGAUAUCGGUUACGGUAUCAAGAAGCUCCAAAUUACUUGUGUUAUUGAAGAUGAUAAGGUUGGUACUGAUGAUCUUAUUGAU